UCGAGAAUGACUGCAGGACAUAUGAAGAUAAAAACAAAAGCCUCUAUGAAUCCCUCAUGAUCAGUAAUGCAAAUGAGGCAGUCGCUCAUAAUCCGUCCAGCGAUCCAGAAGUGCCCAAUUCAGAAGCAUGCCCUGUUGUGGGUUCAAAUCCCACUGUGCCUGAAACAUGUGAGGUAUCCAGCUUACAAGAAGAACCUCUCGUGCCAGAAAAUGUUUCCCGUGCAUCAAAUAAUGGUCAGAAAUCCAGUACGAAUUUCAAAGAUGCUGUCUAUUUUAGUGACCUAUUAUCCAGUGAUGGAAUUCUGGAGAGGUCUGAAGAAUAUGUUGCACCAAAAUCAAACCUUAAUGACCUCAUGUCUGGUGUCGCUAAUCCUCAUCAUCUAGUCAGUUUUAGUGAACCCUCUACUCAAUGCGCGAAAUAUGCUUUAAAUAGAGUCAGACUAACUAUUACUUGGGUAUAUGAGGACCCAACGUUAUUUCGCGGGGGAGGACGGACGCAGAAAAUUUUAAAACGCAGAUAUGAACUCCGCAUCUUUCGAAAAAGAGGAGGUGUUGGGAUAGUCGGAAAAAGAGACCAAUAAUUACCAUGUUAAGUUCAAUGGUGUCCUUGAACCUUAAAUGUACAUUUCUUAUUGGUCGAUGUUUAUUUCACUUGUUAAAUAUUGUACAAAUGUUGUUUCCUAUUUUAUGGUACGAUGUGGGUUGUUUGCUUGGUAUAUAAAUAGAGUAUGUUUGAAAUACAAUGAUUCAUAACUCC